AUGUUUUCUAAUCUCGGUCAAUCCUUCUUUCGUGCUCAGCAGGCCUCGGGCUUCGAAGACUACUUCAGAUGCUACCCGGUAUCCAUGAUGCCAAGUAGCAGCUCUAGAGAAGUAGCUAACUUUGGAGGAAAGAUAUUUUUACCCCCUUCAACUUUACACAAGUUGACCAUGUUGCAUAUCAGCUACCCUAUGCUGUUUGAAUUGACAAACCAAGAAACAGGAAGAAGCACGCACAGUGGAGUCCUAGAGUUUCUUGCUGAAGAAGGAAGAUGUUAUUUACCGCAAUGGAUGAUGAGUACCUUGGGUAUUCAAACUGGUGGAUUGCUUAAGAUUAAGAACUGUGAUUUGCCAUUAGGAUCAUUCGUUAAGAUUGAACCUCAGUCGGUUGACUUCUUGGAAAUUUCUGACCCGAAGGCCGUUCUGGAAAACGUUCUUAGAAACUUUACCACUUUAACCGUUGAUGAUAUUGUCGAAGUCAGCUAUAACAAUAAGGUGUUUGGAAUCAAAGUUUUGGAAGUCAAGCCAGAAUCGUCAUCACACGGAAUUUGUGUAAUUGAAACUGAUUUGGAAACUGAUUUUGCCCCACCUGUAGGAUAUGUCGAACCAGAUUAUAAGAAAGAAAAGAAGCAGAGCCAAGUCAACCCGGCUGCAACCAACCCAGGACUUGUUGGCCAAGGCUCUAUGGCAAAGAAGAUCAACUACAGUGAACUAUUAAAAGAAAAACCCAAUACCACCAAGUUCCAAGGUUCUGGUGUGAAGCUUUCGGGAAAAACUAUAAAGAAUGAGGAAGUGGCUGCUCAAGAUACCAGUGGUUUGAGUUUAGAAGGUCAACCAGCUCCUUUAAUACUUCCUGAUAACCAAUUGUUCUUCGGCUACCCUUUAAAACCAUACAAAGGAGACAAUAGAACUGAUAAAAACACAAAUCAAAAUCCAUUAUUUGCAGGGCAAGGACAAACUUUACGCAAAUCAAAGAAGAGAAAAGACAAAAGCACUCAAUCAACCAGCGCCAAGGACAAAACUCGAAGUCCUGACGCAAUAAUAAUAGAUUCAGACUGA